GGAUUACCUUUCCAUACUUGGGCGUGUGUAGAACUACACUUGGACCUUUUCGCUACACAACACGAAAGCUACCUUGUGCUCCCACUACGCCUUGUAGACACAACUCCAACAUUGAUCUCGAUCUCAGUCCCCGAGAGUGGGACGUCAUCUUGCCCAGCAACCGGUCUGUCUUUCUGGAAGGAGCUUUCAACGAACAAGUGGACAAAGCACAGCAUGGAAUGCGAUUGAAAGACAGAAGCGUCUGCCGUGCCCUACCAAGAACCCGCGACGCGCCUACCAAACAGUCAUCACAACAUCACGCCAAUCGAUCUACCCCCAUUUGAACCUCGCGUAUACGGUAACGACCAAGGGCGAACAUGGCACCCACAGUUGACCCUUCUGUUACCUCAGACGCGAGCUUUUCAUUUGCCUCGAAAAGCGAAAGCCCAGAUCUAGGACUUAUACCUCCCCCCAUGGCCCAACAGCCGUCAUCAUACCGGCAAACCGUCAUCCGAGCCGGCGAUGAAGUCGAGUUUUUUUCGGGAGAGCUAGACCGCCACCUCACCGACCUCAAUGGAACCACAGAAGAGAAGCGCGCCCAGGUCUUCCAGCUUAUCGACUCUUACCAUGCAUACUCGAGGAAAAGGGCGGAUCGACUCCGCGAGCGUCAGCCACGCAAACUCACCCUUCGCGAAAAUGAGAUGGACAUCGACGAUAAUGAAAUUGAUGACCUCGCCGUAAACUUUGACGAAGAAUAUCGGAAGGCAGAAGAGGAGGCGCAAACUUGGGAUCUUCUUCGGCGCAUGCUGCCCCUGGAAUAUGGCCAGGACGAAACAUCUCAGUUGAAACAACACACAAAACCAUCCUUACAGUCACGCAACCAAUGGUGGAACGAUUUCAUGCUGUCUGACUCUUUGGCAAGGGAACAAAAGGUCGUGCUAGAGUGGCUUCAGAGCAGUGCAAGCCAGGGACCGCCAGUAGACGACGUUGUGAGCCACCUUCAGGAAAGCGCAGAGAGGGGUGACAUUCUUGCCCAUGGCUGGCUUCAUACUCGCACCAAGAUCAAGCUGCAGAAGAGCGUGAACGGGUACCAAGGAUCCCUUGACCCAAGGGCAUCUGGCUUUGCCGAAUCACAUCUCAGCUCCAACACGCUUGUCACCCAGCUCGAUCCCGAUGCUAUCACACGGCAGGCUCGUAAAUUGGAAACCCAGGACGACUUUUUCGAGCGCGCCAUUUGGUUGGGCUGCUUUGAGAUGCUACGUCGUGGCUUUUCAAUGGCUGAGAUUCGAGAUUGGUGCUCCAUGAGGACGGAGCUAUGGAGAGCUGCGUCUCUUACGCCCCUACCGCUUGCGAACCCAGAAGAUGAGGACCAGCCGGACUUUGACCCGCGUUCGCUCGUUCUAUGGAGGCGGAUGUGCUUCUCUACCGCUCGGGAUGGCGGAACCAGUGACUACGACCGGGCGGUCUAUGGCCUGCUGGCCGGUGAUAUCGCGAGUGUAGAGAAGGUGUGCGAGACGUGGGAUGACCUGCUAUUUGCUCACUACAACGCUCUACUUCGAACACGGUUCGACUCGUAUCUGGUCAAGCACGGUGGAGAUGAGGCCGCUAGGAUCGCCCAACAGUUCCCUGCUUUCAACGCUGUUUUGCAUCACGGGGAUCCGCAUUCAGUCGGCAAGAGGCUCGUCACCUUACUCGAGACAGAUUUGAGGACGAGCAACGAAGCUACAAGGCCGUCCAAGGCACUACAGGGUGCCAUUAUUGCGCAUGAACUUGGCCGUUAUUUGACUAAUCAGGGACUCGUCCUGGCGAAGCACGCAAAUCAACGAUCGAAGUCCAACUUGAUACCUCCAGUUGAUCUGCAAGUCCCAGAUGACCUUACUCACCCUAAAUACUUCAAUCUGUCGGACCACAGCAGCCUUCGUGUGCUCAGUCACGUUCUCAUCAUCUUCACUACUCUCAAUAGGCUCAGCGAGACCCGUACCAUUUCCGAUGCCCAUCAAGAGGCCAUGGAGAACAUUAUCGCAGCCUAUAUCAGCUUCCUCCGCCUCGCCAAUCUGGAGGAGAUGAUACCACUUUAUUGCUCCAAGCUACAUGGGCAGCGCGUAUACGAGGCGCUCAGCCGAAAUCUUAUCCACAUUCUCGACAACGGUACACGGAGGGUGCAGAUUUCCAUUAUGAAUAGACUAGGCAUCAGUGUCUCGGAGUUUGUCAAGAGGCAACCCGAGAUUUUCCUCAGCGAUGUUCACGACCUUCUACAGCCCUGUGAGGCAAAGAGGAAGUUUAAGGUCCUGGAGGACGGCCCGGCGACACUGAAAUACGGCCGCAUAGUGAAGCCAGAUUUCUUUGGUGACGACGAGGCAGAAGAAUUCGAUCAAGAAGAGGGACAUAUCCUCUGCUCUCUGGAAUGGCUCAUGCUGAUCGAUGAUUUGUUCGUGGAAACAUGCACAUAUGUCAUCAGGGCCUACAAGUAUUUCUUAAAACGCACACGCUUGCGCGCCGCCCGUGCUCUUUCUCAGAGGGUGCCAGGCCGGGAGAUCAUCCGGCGGAAGACCGGGAUCCUGGUCGGGGGAGAGGGGGACGAUGGUGGUGUUGAAUGGUUUGCCGAUUUCGCCGCGAGUGAGCUUCCAGAGGAGUUGCUUGCGUUGUACGCCGGUGACAAGGAGGCAGUGAUCACACAAGUACGAAACAUGUGGGAGCUCGAGUGCCUUGUUAAGGCUUUGGACUCGAUGGAGACUUUGUCCUCUUUGGCAGGUCUCGCCAGGGAGGACAGCACCAAUUCCCGCGAACUGUGGCAGCAUACGAACAAGGAAGUCCGCGCGGCCAAAGCAUACAUGCAACCAGUCCUUAAGGGGUGGUUGCUGGAAACCAUUCAGCCCGACCCCGACUUCCAAGCUCUUCGUGAGGCCUACAUCCCAGAAACCGUUCUGGCCCUCGUUAGCUCUUUACAUUUUGCCGGCGCUACCCUGUCGCGCGACUACUUCCUCGAGUGCAUGGAGCUAGCUGCAGUUGUCGCUGAGAAAGCCUCAGCCGUAUCUCAGGAAUUCGUCAAAUCUGGCAGGAUAAAGGAGCUUGUGGAAGCAUAUGCCUCUUGUAGUAAAGCGCUCGCUAUCUUCGCGAGCGAAAAGAAGGCCAUCUCUAAGGAGACGAAGAAGAUAAGGGAGCAUGGUUGGUCUCGGGAGCUUUGGUCUGUCAAGCCACAAUAGGGUGCCUUUGUGUUACGAAGAGUUUCGAGAUGAUCCAGUGCCCUUUGCUGGUGGAGCUAGCGAGUUGGACAUGCCUGAGAGACACUUGAAUAAUUCGAUGUACGAAUCAUGAUGGAUUAGAAAGGUCAAGUCUGGACUGCAGAUGGAAUAAUAGGACAGAGGAAGCAGUGGAUUCAAACAUAGCAUGUAUGUGUCGUGGUGAGGAAUACGCCUGCGAAGAACACACUGGGCAUGACGACGGAUCAAUUUUUAAGAUGCAUUAGUUAAGCGACAGCCUUGGGACAUACGAGCCGCGCUUUCAAUGGGACGGACUUUUCCAGGUUUUCAUGCAGUCAAAAGGAUGAGAUUGACGACAGA